AUGGAUGAGGAAAGCCUGGCCGCUGCUUUGCAAACAUACAGGGCUCAGCUAGAGCAGGUGGAGUUGACCCUGGGUGCUGGUGCCGACCCGUCACAGCAGGCAGAUCUCGUUCAACUCCAGGGGGAUUUACAGCAACUGAUAGAACUAACCGAAUCCAGCUUGUUAUCUGUGCAGAAAUGUAACCUUCUGUCAGCGCUAGAAGGGCCUCGGUCCACAGCAGCGCACGAUGAUGAGUAUGAAGCUUUCAGAGAAGCCAUCGGUGAGUUGAGCCAGGACGUCCAGUCUUCAGUGACCAAUAAUGCAGCAGCUAUUAGUCCAGAUGAUUCGGAAGAAGAGGGGGAGGAAGAGGAAGACACGUGUGGGAUGAAGGUGAAGGCUCCAUAUUACAGCACAUGGGGCACCCUGGAGUAUCACAACGCAAUGAUUGUCGGCUCCGAGCAGAUGGAGGAUGGAAGUCCCGGGGUACGCGUUCUAUACCUCUAUCCCACCCAUAAAGCCAUGAAGCCAUGUCCAUACUUCCUGGAUGGAAAGUGUCGUUUCAAUGAGAGCUGCCGGUGAGUAGCUAUUGCCGGGUAGUUAUAUUGUGUAAAUUCAAAGAGAUUUUUUUUUUUUUUAAACUCACUUUGGAGUUGGAUGACAGCAACUAUAGGUGUGCAUUGUAAAAAUUGCAAUUUCUAAAAAAAAUAUUUCGUCCUUUUUUCUUCAAUGAAAGUUUAUUAGUUUUUCACACUGAAAAAGAGUAGCAAAAAAACAGAAUACCAUCAUCUACCGUAAAGACAAGUCUAUUAAGGUUGUGAAACAACACUUGGAAUAGAGAAACUAUGGCUAACUCCCAAUUUCCCUGUAAGGAACUUUAUCACCAUGACAUCUUGCCUUAAUGUUUUGCAGAACAUGGUGAUCUAACAUUGGGUGUACAGCUACUGCUGGACUACAUUUCCUACAAUUCCCUUCUUCUUUUUGUCCAUCAUAUAGAUAUAGGGCCAGGGUUGGACAUAAAAGUUAAGCAGGUCUUUGCUCUUCCUUUUUCAAGCUUUUCCCAUGGCCAAGUGGUUCCUGUUGACGAACUCCGAACAUUUGAAGACCCAGAUCUCGGCAGUCUUGGUAUCGAUACUGCUUGUCUUGCCAAGCACGAUGAUGGUAUCUGGUACCCAGGACGAAUUAUAGGUAAGAUGCAUCAUGGUUAUUGUAAUUGUUAGGGAUUCUCACAUGGUCUCCUGUCAGUUGCUGCCUUAUGACUUUUUACACUGAGACGCGUUGGGGUGGGAGCGGUGUCUGUGUUUUUUGUUGUUGUUUUUUUACCCACAUUCGCUUUUUAAAAAUUUGUUAUUUUAUUUUAUGCUUGAUCUCGUUCUACAUGUGUUCCACUAUUUUCUUUCCAUUCACACCCCCAUAUUAUGCCCUGUUCACAUCCAUUGGUUUUUUUUUGUUUGCCUUUACUUACUUGCCUUGUUCUCUCUCCGUAUCCUUUAGAUGUUAAUGACGGUUUGUACACUGUGAAGUUCGACUCUCUGCUUCUCAAAGAAUCAGUUUUAGAGGCUGAUGCCAUCAUUCCUCCACUUCGGGAGAGUGACAGUUCAACUUCCUCUGAAGAUGAAGAAUAUGAAGGACUCGAAGAUUCUGGGUUUGCCAAAGGUAGGCAAAAACGCACACACUGUAUUGAGCUAGUCAAUGGCGUUACAUACUUCAACACAGUAGCCAUUUAACCUAAAACAUUGGCUCGUUGUAUGACCCCCUUUCUCUGUUUGCAGUGCUUGGAGGGACCGAGGAGAGUGGAGAAACUAUACCAUGCAGUUCUGCAUUUGCGGGAUGGGAGGCUCACACACGAGGGAUUGGGUCCAAGCUUCUAGCUCGAAUGGGAUACGAGUUUGGAAAAGGUGAGUGGGUCUGACGGGACUCAUUGUCAGUAACUUAAUUUUGUAUUUUUAAAAAUCAUCAAUAAAACACUAUUAUAUUCCUUCCUAAAAUCUAGCAAUGGUUAAAUAUUUUUACAUGACAUAGCAUCAUAUGGACAGUGAUUCUUUGACUGCGAAACCCACAUUUUUGCAAUAGUGAACAUUUAUGGGUUAAUUUAUUAAACUGGGAAUUGUUAUUAUGGGAGAACGGAAUCGUAAACUUUACGUCAUCAUAUUCAUAUUGACCUUGAUUAGGAUUCAGAUUAGAUGAAUGCACCAACGAGACAAUCGGGAAGCAGCUUUGCUUGAUAAAACUCUGUAAAAUGAUGUAGAGCUUAAACUGUCAUCAAAUUCUAUUUUAUUUAUUUAUUUUAAGUUUAUGGCAUUCGAUUAAACUUUAUUUUUUAUUUUUUUAUUAUGUAAAUGGAUUUGUGUUUUUUUUUUUAAGAGAACGUCACCUUUUUCUCUGGAUGGGACUAUUCUGUUUUCUAACUUGCCUGUUAAUGUGAUUGCUCUGUGUGAAAAUGCAGCAGCAGGCGUACUUGGAACCAUAACAACUAAAAAUCUGCAGACCAAUCCUGUUGAAAUUCUAAUGUAGGAUCUUUUAAUAAUGUUUUAGGUCUUGGAAAGAAUUCGGAAGGGCGAGUUGAGCCCAUCCUGGCUGUGGUAUUGCCGAAAGGUAAAUCCCUGGACCAAUGUGCACAGAUUCAGCAAAGGAUUCAGCAGAAGAAACGUGGGAAAGGGCAGAACCCACCAAAAGUCAAAAGGAAGAAACGGCAGACGGACAAUAAUCGCCGCAAUGUUUUUGACUUUCUCAAUGAGAAGCUGGUUGGAAGAGUCUCUAACAGUGAGGCUGGGAAGACCACAAGCAUCACAGAGCGAAAGGGGAAGGAGCUGUAUAAUGCCAGCCAGGACAGCAAAAGAGCACUGAAUGUGCAAGUUGCCAAGACUGCAGAAAGGAUUCAGCAAAAACAGCGAGAGAUUGGUCGAUUAACGGAAGCAUUGGCGCGAAACGUUGGACGGUGAGUGAGGUUGGAUAGAGAGAUAUGUUGGUGUUAAUGGAAAAAAAAAAAAACGCACUUCUUAUUAAAACCAGUGGGUAAAAAACAUUGAAAGACCCAUCUCUGCAAACGUUUUCAUUUUAAAUUAGCAUGUAAUGAGGGAAUAGUGGAAAAUGAAGCCAUUCUAUCUCUUAAAUGUGCUAGAAAUUGCUGCAAAAUUAUGUAGAAAUUUUAUUUUUAAAAAGCAGAACUCUGAAAACUCUCUUAAAGGAACACUAUAGUAUCAGGGAUACAAACAUGUAUUUCUGACACUAUAGUGCUGAAGUGGCUGUUUAUGUGGCCGGUGCCCUCACUUUUUCUCACUCGCCUCGGCUGGCUCUUACACAUGCACGGCAAAACAACAUGCUGCACCAAUCUGCAUCUCUUUAUAGAGAUGAGUUGAUUUAGAGCUUCUCUAUGUGGAACGUUCAGCAUCUCCAUUCACAGUGUGGAGAAGCAGAACGCCAGUGCUGCACUAGACUAGGAAGCCCUUCUAGUGGCCACUAGAGGUUUUACUAGUCAGUAAUAUAAACACUUCCUUUUCUCUGAAAAGGCAACAUUUACAUUGAAAAGCCUGUCGGCUAUAGACACCAGACUAGAUUAAAGGCACUCUAGAAGGUCAGGAACACAAACAUGUAUUCCUGACCCUAUAAUGUUAAAACCACCAUCAAGCCCCCCUUGACUCCCUAAAUAAAGUAAAAUCUUGUUCAAGUCUGCCGCUGCUGGCUCUGCCCCUGAUCUGCCUGCUUGGCUAACAUCACCAGAAGUGAUUCUCUUUGCCUAUCACAAUGCUUUUUCCAUAGGAUUGGCUGAGACUGUCAAGGAGGUAGAUCAGGGGCAGAGCCAGCACAAGGCAAACAGCCCUGGCCAAUCAACAUCUCCUCAUAGAGAUGCAUUUAAUCCAUGCAUCUCUAUGAGGAAAAUUCAGUGUCUCCAUGCAGAAAGUGGAGACACUGAAUGUCAGUCACACUGUGCUGCACUGCCCCAGGAACCUUUUUUUUUACUUUUGUUCAAUUAUUUUUAAUGCAUUGUAUAGACAACAGUCCCUAUGUUUUUCAAAUGCUUGUGUGAGCUCUCACAAAAUCAAGAACUAACUCAUCCCAGUCACAAUGCUCACUGACCUUCGUGUAGAACAGCUGAUCUGAUCAGCACUAGUGUUUCUGGGAAGUGUAGUUUAGCUGUGCGCUUUCGAUUGAGGCAUAACAUCCUAUACCUUAGUAUAGAGAAACACUCCAGGCUGGAAGGUUGUCUUUUUUUUAUUAUUUAUUUAUUUAUUUUUGGUGCAUUGAUAACGAUACAAACAUUUGUAAGAAAAAUGCCACAACAGCAUAAGCAUGAAAUAUAGUAACAUUGCGUUUUUCCUGUGAGUUGGGCUGGAGUGGGUUCUGCACAUUUUUGUAUAACGGGCUGGUUGGUCAUAUCGGGAGUGUUCACUAUGCCUAUAGUGAGGGUAGUGUUUAAGAUUAGUGCUGCCCCGUGGGGUCCUUGGGCGCUAGUUUGACAUCGGCACAGGGUAUAGGUUUGCGGUUUCCCCGUCCCUUUGCGUGGCGUGAACUAUGUUGGGUGUGGUGGUAGUGUGAGGGCUGGGUUUCUAUGGUUGGUCUAUGCGUAGGCGAGUUGCGGUUUGGAGCCUGGCUAUCUGAGCCUGACUUGACUGCUGGAAAGUUGUCUUUUUUUAACAUUUUUUUUUUCCCUCUGACUUUGGAAAUUGUUCUAUUUACCUUAUUUCAGUCUAAUAACACCACAUACUGACAAAUUUGAAGAAUUCUGACAGCAGUGGCCUUUCAAGAAAAAAUAUCUUAAUGCACAUGGAUUAGUAAUUCAUAGCUAUUUUAGGGUGUGGGAAGGCAUGUAAACUAAUUCUGCAGGCUCCAUUUCUGUGCCGAAGGUGAAUUCAAAAGACUAUUUUGGGUUUUCUGUUCUUUUGCAGGGAGAGCGUUGUAAGCUCGCAGCUGGAGUUACGCUUAUCGAAUGCUCGCUCGGAGCUGACGGGGCUACAGCAGGAGGAGCGCACUCUGCAGAGACAGCAAAAAAAAGCAGACACUCACAAGAAGAUGACGGAAUUCUGA